AUAACAUCCUGUGCGCUGCUGAGCUGAGCUGGGGCGCGGCCGCCUGUCUGCACUGGCAGCACCAUGUCGCUCCUGGUCGUCAGCAUGGCGUGUGUUGGGUUCUUCUUGGUCCAGAGGGCCUGUCCACACAUGGGUGGUCAGGACGAACCCUUCCUGUCUGCCUGGCCCAGCACUGUGGUGCCUCAAGGAGGACACGUGACUCUUCGGUGUCACUAUCGUGGUGGGUUUAACAAUUUCACGCUGUACAAAGAAGACGAAAUCCACGUUCCCAUCUUCCACGGCAAAAUAUUCCAGAAGAGCUUCAUCAUGGGCCCUGUGACCCCAGCACAUGCAGGGACCUACAGAUGUCAGGGUUCACACCCGCACUCCCCCACUGGGUGGUCGGCACCCAGCAACCCCGUGGUGAUCAUGGUCACAGGAGUCCACAGAAAACCUUCCCUCCUGGCCCUCCCAGGUCCCCUGGUGAAAUCAAAUGAGACAGUCAUCCUACAAUGUUGGUCAGAUGUCAUGUCUGAGCACUUUCUUCUGCACAGAAAGGGGAUCUCUGAGGAUCCCUUGCAUCUCAUUGGAGAGCUCCAUGAUGGGGUCUCCAAGGCCAACUUCUCCAUCGGUCCCAUGACGCAAGACCUUGCAGGGACCUACAGAUGCUACGGUUCUCUUCCUCACUCCCCCUAUGAGUUGUCAGCUCCCAGUGACCCCCUGGACAUCGUGAUCACAGGUCUAUAUGAGAAACCUUCUCUCUCAGCCCAGCCGGGCCCCACGGUUCAGGCAGGAGAGAAUGUGACCUUGUCCUGCAGCUCCAGGAGCUCCUACGACAUCUACCAUCUAUCCAGGGAGGGGGAGGCCCGUGAACGUGAACUUAGCUUCCUUGCAGUGACCAAGGUCAACGGAACAUUCCAGGCCGACUUUCCUCUGGGCCCUGCCACCCAAGGAGGGACCUACAGAUGCUUCGGCUCUUUCCGUGUCUCUCCCUACGAAUGGUCAAACUCGAGUGACCCACUGCUUGUUUCUGUCACAGGAAACCCUUCAAGUAGUUGGCCUUCACCCACAGAACCAAGCUCCAAAUCUGGUAUCCACAGACACCUGCACGUUCUGACUGGGACCUCGGUGGUCAUCAUCCUCUUCAUCCUCCUCCUCUUCUUUCUCCUUCAUCGCUGGUGCUCCAACAAAAACAAUGCUGCUGUAAUGGACCAAGAGCCUGCGGGGGACAGAACAGUGAACACAGGGGAUUCUGAUGAACAAGACCCUCAGGAGGUGACAUACGCACAGUUGGAUCACUGCGUUUUCACACAGAGAAAAAUCACUCGCCCUUCUCAGAGGCCCAAGACACCCCCAACAGAUACCAUCGUGUACACGGAACUUCCAAAUGCUGAUCCCAGAUCCAAAGUUGUCUCCUGCCCACAAGCACCACAGUCAGGCCUUGAGGGGGUUUUCUAGGGAGACAACAGCCCUGUCUCAAACCCAGCUUGCCAGCUCCCAUGUACCAGCAGCUGGAAUCUGAAGGCAUCAGUCUUCAUCUUAGGGGAUUGCUCUUCCUCACACCACAAAUCUGGUGUCUCUCUCUUGCUUACAAAUGUCUAUGGUUCCCACUGCCUGCUGCAGAGAAAACACACUCCUUUGCUUAGCCCACAAUUCUCUAUUUCACUUGACCCCUGCCCACCUCUCCAACCUAACUGGCUUACUUCCUAGUCCUACUUGAGGCUGCGAUCACACUGAGGAACUCACAAUUCCAAACACACAAGAGGCUCCCUCUUAACAUGGCACUUAGACACGUGCUGUUCCACCUUCCCUCAUGCUGUUCCACCUUUCCUCAGACUAUCUUUCAGUCUUCUGUCAUCAGUAAAAUUUAUAAAUUUUUUUAUAAUUUCAAUGUAGCUCUCUCCUCUUCAAAUAAACAUGUCUGCCCUCA